GACAUAUUUGUGUUGAGCUGGGUGACUUUUGGGUAUUAUAUUCGGCUGCUGGACUCAGGGGAUAUCACGAAUGCGUAUGUGUAUGGGAUGAAGGAGGACGUCAAUUUCCACGGGAACCAGUACAAUCUGCUCUCCACUUUUUUUCACUUGUGGAUACCUGUCAGUCGCGCCGAUGCGUAG